AUGAUGUCGUUCGGGAGAACUUCCCAUCCGCGAGCCUCUGCUUCUCACUCGAAGACCGAGAUUUUUCCAGCUCGUUAUUGGCCGACAAUUUCUCCGCCGUCUGCUGCUCUCCGGCUAGCUAUCUUAUCGGAAUCUCUCUCGUUGCUCAAGCGAAGCCGCGAUCUCACAUCCCUCAGGUUCUGCAAAACGGCAUUGGAGGUGCCGCUUUUUGCGCACGGUCGAGGGUCUUCCGAAGAGUCGGGAUUUAGAGCUUUGGCCGUGGCUCUUGCCGACGGCAAGUUGAGCUGCAUGCCCUGGGGUCCGCUCACCACUCCCCCUCCCUGUUCGCCACAGAUAGCCAAGGCCGCACAGCGAUUGGACGGUCCGCCAGUCAGGCACGAGGGUCCCCACACAUUCUCGCUUCUGGAAAAGAGCGUGGCCACCGCCUCGAACCUUCGCUUCCCACCUCCAUCCUCCAAAGCCGCAGAGGUCAAACGACGGGGCCUACCAGCACAGCGAGCUCGGACAGCCAACAUGCUUGUGCCGCUCAUUGUGUCGUCGGUGGCUGCUGGCCUGCUCUCCGUCACUUCGUACUUCCCCUACAAGAACCACCUCAAGCUCCACGGCGACGCACUCGAUUCCAGCAGUCUCGGCUCGGACAACUACCGGCUCAACCUCGAGCAUUGUCAGCCAAUUUCAACAAGACUGCCCAACGAGCCCGCAGGUCCGGUCGAGCCGUCGUUCUGCGAAGACAUCGUGCUUGAUCGUCGCACCGGCGUGGCCUACCUGAGUUGCGACCCGACUCGACUCACGUGGGAUGCGCGCGCGGGCAUCUACGAGGACGGAAGCGAUCGCCUGGCCUCGGAGCAAGGGACACCAGGUAUCUGGGCUUGGGAUACGAACAGGCGCAAUCUCCCGCGCAAGCUUUUCAUCUCUUCUCCACCGCCAGAGUAUCCCAUUCAGGCCCCGGCUGAUCUCCAGUCCACCUUCCAUCCGCUCGGCAUUGCUGUCACCCCUUCGCACCCGUACUUCGCCGAGGAGGCCGACGAGGGCGAGGAGCCCAGGCCGGAGCCACCGGCCAACCUCGUGCUUGUGGCCAACAAGCCGUACGCCGACCGUCCGGGCGUGGUGGAUAUUUUUGUACACGACCUCGACAAGGUCGGUGGCAAGGACCACACGACGCUGCGAUGGAUCAAGCGUGUGCAAGGAGACGAACUGAGCGGAAUGCAGCUCGAUUGGGACACGCACUUCAACGUCGACCCCUUUCGCAUCACCGUGUUCGAGGAGCAGUACUCGCAGCGUAUGGAUCGCCACUACCCUGAACCGACGUAUGUCAAAGACGAUCCGGAGAAUCUGGCUGGCUUCCAAGACGAGGAUCCUGCCAGCAUCGCAUCCAAGCACAUCCGCAUUCCGAGCUUCUUCAUCACCUCGCUGCCCGACCGUAGUGCCCAGCCCGCCUCCGCUGCGGCUGGAGAGCGCUCAUCCGUCUUUUCGGCAAUGUGGCAGCCCAUCGCAUCGACGCUGUUCUCGCAAUUCUCGCUCGCGGCCGACACAGUGUCGCGCAAGAUCUUCCUGCACCACUCGUCGAUCAACAAGACGCUCACCGUGCGCAUGGACGGUGGCGAUCCCGAUCUCUGGCAAGGCUUCCCGCCGCUCAUCCAGGCGUGGGACGGUGGCGGAAAGAAGACGGGCUCCAACUCUUCAGCGACGGCGCUCUUCGUGCCCUCGCUCACCUCGGAUGCGGCUAGGGUGCAGGAGUGGGAGCAGCACUGGGUGCGCGGCGUCGCCGGCGGCAUCCGCGAACACCGCGUUCAUCUCACCGAGACCACCGCCGAGGGCAAGGUGAACAAUAUCCUUCAGCUGUUCAAGACCUACACGCCAUCGUUUGUCAACUUUUUCUCCAUGGAUCACGAGACGCCCGUGCGCGCGCUCGUCGUCGACCCGCACGGUCGAACCUGGACGGCGGGCAACCCGAACACGCGCUCGGUCGAGAGGUGGAUCGCGGCGCAGCGCAACGAACGACGCCGUCGACUCGGGCUGCCUCUUGCUGCUGGCGCGAGCCAGUCGCUGUCGAGCUCCGACCGCCCGCCCCGACCCGCAGCGAGGAUCGACCAGACCACAUGGGUCUUCCGCCACUUUGGCAGCGUGGUCGCGCAUCCGUGGCAGACGGACAAGCUCGCGCUCAAGAAGCAAAAGGGCGUCUGGCUCCGCAAGGAGUUCCACACCUUCAACGUGUUCAAGAGCCCUGCCGAGACCAAGGCCGAGAUCGAGGCGCGCUCCGAAGACGAGCUUGUCAAGCGCGGCUUUCUCCCCACCGUCCCCACCGGACUGGCCAUCGACAUUCACAAGAAGAUGCUCUACGUAACGGGCGCCUACGAGGAGCGCGCCAUUGCCAUGUGCGCCCUCCCCGCCGACUGGGUCGAGGCUUGA